GACGGGUUCACUGUGGUUUGUUCUGAGCUUUUCUCUAUCUUCAAGCAGCUUUAAACAGCCUAACGUACACACUAAACGAAAUGGGAGCUACCAGAGAAAAGAAAGAAGCAUACUUCUCCAAGUUAAGACAAUUAGUCGAGGAAUACAAGUCCGUCUUCGUUGUUGGUGUUGACAAUGUCUCCUCCCAACAGAUGCACGAAGUCAGAAAGGCUUUGAGAAAGGACGCUGUCGUUUUGAUGGGUAAGAACACCAUGGUCAGAAGAGCUAUGAGAGGUUUCCUUUCCGAAUUCCCAGACUACGAAAAGCUGAUGCCUUUAGUCAAGGGUAACAUUGGUUUCAUUUUCACCAAUGCUGACUUGAAGACCAUCAAGGACGUUGUCUUAGAAAACAAGGUUGCUGCUCCAGCCAGAGCUGGUGCCAUUGCACCUGCUGACGUCUGGGUCCCAGCUGGUAACACCGGUAUGGAACCAGGUAAGACCUCUUUCUUCCAAGCUUUGGGUGUUCCAACCAAGAUUGCCAGAGGUACCAUUGAAAUUACCUCCGACGUCAAGAUUUUGGCUGCUGAACAAAGAGUUGGUCCUUCUGAAGCUUCUUUGUUGAACAUGUUGAACAUCUCUCCAUUCACCUAUGGUUUGACUAUCAUCCAAGUCUUCAACGAAGGUAACAUCUUCCCAUCUUCCAUCUUGGACAUCACUGACGAAGAAUUGUUAUCCCACUUCACUUCUGCUGUCUCUGCAAUCACCCAAAUCUCUUUGGCUUCCGGUUACCCAACUAUUGCUGCAGUUUCUCACCAAAUCGUCAACACUUACAAGAACGUUCUUGCUUUGUCUGUUGCUACCGAUUACACCUUCGAAGGUUCUGAGCAAAUCAAGGACAGAAUCGCCAACCCAGAUGCUUACGCUGCUGCUGCUCCAGCUGCUGCUGCUUCCUCUGGUUCUGCUGGUGCCGCUGAAGAAGCUGCUCCAGAAGAAGAGGCUGACGAAUCCGAUGACGACAUGGGUUUCGGCUUGUUCGACUAAGCGUGUUUUCUAUAGAUUAGUAUUAUAGUAUUUUCUAAACUACUUUUAUAUCUGACUAGUGUAAACGUCGUUUUGUUUUCUAAAUAUGGGGGCCUAAUGAAUGAUAAUCCGUUGAAUUCAGC